AUGGACAGGCUGGAGGAGUGGACUAGCAAGGACGCAAAGCCAAAUAACUACUUUCCUUGCCAAAUCACUUACUGCAAAAGUAUUUUUAAAAGUGUGGAUGGCAGAGACCUGUGGGUUCUUGUUCUGGGAAAGUUUCCAACCCAUCAUAAGAUUGGCAUUCCAGAGUUCAAGUAUGUUGCUAAUAUGCAUGGGGAUGAGACUGUUGGGAGAGAAAUCCUGCUCCAUCUGAUAGACUUCCUGGUGACCAGCUAUAGGCGUGACCCAGUUAUUACCCGGUUACUCAAUAAUACUCGGAUUCAUAUCAUGCCAACGAUGAAUCCGGAUGGAUUUGAAGCUACAAAAGUACCUGAUUGUUAUUACUCACGAGGAAGGUACAAUAAGAAUGGAGAAGAUCUGAACAGAAAUUUUCCUGAUGCCUUUGAAGCCAACAACGCUAGCAUUCAGCCAGAGACUCGAGCAGUAAUGGACUGGAUAAAAAAUGAAACAUUUGUUCUUUCAGCAAACUUGCAUGGGGGUGCCCUGGUUGCCAGUUAUACCUUUGAUAAUGGUAACUCAGUUACCGGCUCUUUGAAAGGCUAUAGCAGAUCUCCAGAUGAUGAUGUCUUUAUUCACCUGGCAAAAACAUAUUCUUUCAACCACAUCAGCAUGUACAAAGGGACUGGGUGUGACAACAGACAAACUUUUCCAGAAGGCAUUACCAAUGGGUACUCUUGGUACCAGCUGGAAGGUGGAAUGCAAGAUUACAACUAUGUCUGGGGACAAUGUUUUGAAAUUACAUUGGAGCUGUCAUGCUGUAAAUAUCCUCCAGCAGACCAGCUGGAAAAGUUCUGGAGAGACAACAAAGUUGCUCUGAUCGAAUAUAUAAAACAAGUACAUCUAGGUGUUAAGGGUCAAGUUACUGAUAGGAAUGGGAAUCCUAUUCCCAAUGCCAUCGUGGAAGCCGAAGGAAGGCAGCAUGUUUGCCCCUACAGAACAAAUGAACAAGGAGAGUACUUUCUUCUCCUUUUGCCUGGGACAUAUGUGAUCAAUGCUACUGUACCAGGAUAUAAACCAAUGCUGAAGACAGUGGAAAUACCUGACAACACUGGUAACUUCAGUGCUUUGAAACAGGACUUCUCUUUCUCAGAAGUCUCUAUUAGAUCAAAAGUUGCUUCAUGUCCCAAAACUCCCCUCUACCAGCAUCUUGCAUGGGCUUCAGCUGCAGUAAAACCAACCCUACAUGUCUUGGGUUUAAUGACCAUUAUGCUUGUAAUCUUCAAAUAAAGUCCAGAAUGACACGUCGUGGCAAAGCAAAAUCUUCCUGCACCAAUGUGACUUUUCAGACAAGGAAUUGUAUAUCCCAAAGAAUAUAUGUUUUUAUAAACCAAAUUCUCAGAUUCACAGUCAUGUUUACUGUAUUUUGUAAAAUACUGGCUUGACAAUCAGUUGUUUUACUUUAAUUAUAACAAACCAUCCUGUUUUUAAUUGUAAUAGACUAUCAUAUUUUUCUACAUAUUUUACUCUGAAGAAAUUUUGUAGAGCCUAUGGAGGUAACUGUAGAAUUUUGAUGCAGAAAUUACAAAUACAUUCUGAAGACUUUGCCUGAAUUGAAAAAAACAAGUGAGGAUUGUACUGCAAAUGUUUCACAUAAGCUCAGGUUCCUCACUGAACCUACAGC